AUGCAAAGCUCAUACGCGUCUAUAGAGAUAGGUCAUAGGGAUAGUCGUGAAAGGUCAACUCCAUUCACUUCUAGUUCAUCCUCUUAUCUACCUGCUUCUUUGGUGCAAAACAUUCUCGGUUGUCAAGCUCAGGCAUUAGAAGCUAAAGCUAACAAAGUCAUACAACAAGAAAAUUCCGCUCUUAGACAACGUAUCGAACAUUUAGAAAAUCAAUUAUGGUCUCUGAAAAAAAAAAAUUCGUUGCGAAACAUAGAUAAUGGCGAUGAUAUUUUCUCCGAGGAUAUGGAUAUUGACAUAAAAAAACCUGACGCUAUGGAAGUUGAAAAGGAAAAUCGUGAUGAAAAACAUCAAAAAGAACUUGAAAAUUCGAAUAAAGAGUGGAGUGAAAAAUAUUCUGAACUCCAAAAAAAAUAUGAUCAACAAUCAAAAGAUUAUCAAGAUUUAAAAGACCAUUACAAGCAAAGAUCCUCUGAAUGGAAGCUUACAAAACAAUGGAUUGAAAACGCCAAAAGACUUUCACGAGCCCGAAAAGGGAAAUCAGAUGGCGCAACUGCAGCGAAUGCUGAAUCGCGGGCUCGAUGUGCUUGUCAACAGGAUAAUAAUUCACCUACUACUUCUGACGAUAAAUCAAGUGGUACUCUCACUGAUGUUACAAACGUCCAAAAUCAUAUGCCACAUACUCACGUCAAUAAUGUUUCCAUCAUAAGCAUCGAUAGCGCCUCAACACAAGCCCCUGAUAAUAAAAGAGAUUGUGGCAAUAGUUUUCAUGAUAGUGACAAUCAAUAUCAAUCUGACAUAUUGUCUUCAAACCUAUCGUUAAACUCUUUAGGUGAAAAAUCUCAAUCUGAUCAUCAAUAUAUUCAAGAUUCCACUGAAUUAUGGAAUAAUAAUCAAAAAAUAUCGGACAAAGCUUUAUCUUGUGAAAGCAGUUCAAGCGUGACAGAUCAAACAAAUCUUGAUCAUGAUAAUGCCGAAAUUCUAAAGCGACAAAAGGAUGUUGACUUUGGUCCGCUUGAUGGUACAAACGCCGAACAUCCAAUUGAUAUUGAUGAUUACGACGAUAAUUUAUUUCUUGCUGACGAUGAUGAUCAAUCUUCGAGUAAAAAAAGAUCCGCAGAUGUGGUCAUCAAACAAGAACAGGACGACUCUAAUACACUUCCACCAUUGGAAAAUAAUCAACAUAAACGAUGGAAACUUUUACCUAGUGGAAAAGAUCGGUACUCAUUGGACAAUGAUAUAGUUAAUACUCCACAUCAAGACUACCGUGAUCCUCUCAUGGAUGAUAAUAAACCGGUUGCUUCGGAAAGAAUCAGUAAUGAUGGCGAAGAAAGUCCUAUGCUACUUACCCCAAUUACUCCACAUAACAUUAGAAAUAAAAAUACGUCGCAUCGUUCCACUGUCAGUCCUAAUUUAUCAGAAACUAACAUUAGGUUUAAUGAAACUGUACGAAAACAGAGUGAGCGUCGGCAGUUACAGGGUGAAGAUUGCCGUGAUUGUCGUCGAUAUUAUGAAAUAACAGGUCCAAUGCCAAUUCCCGAUGCUACUGGAUUAAAUCGUUGUGGCCAUACAAAUCAAGUACAGAGCGCAGAGUUACUAAUGGAAGCUCGAUUACAUUAUACUUCUAAACAUCGUACAAAGUAUAGUCGAGCACCUACUCCUCCUGGCUUCUGGAGAGUUGGCUUCCCAACAUCCCAAGAAUUGGCAGAAACAAACGAACAAUCCAUAGAGUACGAAAAAUCGCGAGAGGAUCAAAAAAGAAAAGAAAAUGAGUAUCUUAAGAAUCGUGAGCAUAAAUGGGAUAGGAUAUAA